GGUGCCCAGCCCCGCCUCCUUGGAGGUCCCAAGGGCCCGGAGGGCGCAGACCCGACUUGCGCACCUUGGCGUCCUGGAGGCCUGGCUGUCCCUGUGCUGGCGUUUUUUGCCGAGAAGCACAACAUCCUGUGAGUUCCAGCGUCCGCCUUUGCCGGCGCCUUCCCGCCGGGGUUCUCCCAAAGCGCCCCGAGACUCAACCUUCUUCCAUGAAAAAAGGGGUUCCUUAGGAAUAGAGGUUUGAUCCCCUUUUCAUCCACUUUGUGUUCCCAGGGAGGGUAACAAUGGGUCUUUUAAAGUCGGUGUGAACAGCCCUAAAGUUUCUGGAAAGGCUGCGUGGGGGACGCGGACCGCAGUGAAAGAUUGAUGGAAUGUGCAUUGUGGAGCCUUGGCGUCUACAAGAGCACGCUUGUGUAAAGUUUGGGGGGAGUGUGGAUCUUUGUCUCCUACUGUUCCCCUGAGUUGGUGUGACCCUGCUCCUUGUGGUAAGGCGCAGCUUCAGAAUCUGGGGACCAGUUUUUAGCACAGGACCUCACUCACCACAGUUCCUUGGCAGAGUUGGGAGGUCCUGGCAAAGAAUGGGGUUCUCACUGCCCUGAGGUGCUUCACGUAGUACUACUUACUGCCCUCUAGCAAUAAAACCAGGCCCCCUGUGGAGCAGAAACAUUCUCCUUAAAUCCUCCGCUGAAGGUUAGGAGAACAGACUUUUGACACAUCGCCUUUCUUCUGCAGUUGGGGUUAAAGGUAGAGUGCCUGUCUUUUAGGAACUUCCUGAACCACACAGUGUGUUGGACUGACUCCCUGGUGCUAGUGACUCGUGUGAUGCUACACAGUUGCACAUGUUGAAGGCCUGCAGAAGUCUUAAGGGCUCUUACCAGUAAAAAGAAAAUGUAGAGGAAGAAGAGGCAGGAGAAGAGUUUCAUCAAAGCUUAAGGGAAGUCUGCAUUCCCAUGGCAACCAGGCAUAUCUGUUGGAAAUGGCCACUAACGCCAAAUACAAACAAAUUAUAUAUACCCCUAAAGAUUAAGAAAAGUUGACCCAUUAGCACUGGUCUAGUCUCUAUAUCCUACUCUGGUGUGUCCCUUCUUGUCUUUCCCUUUGAGUUUGCAUUUCUGGGCAAAGCAAACUGUGCACCAGGCAUGCUGUUCAUUUAGUUAACAUGGGACAGCUCGUGAUAGUGUCUUCUGCCUUUAAAAUGACAAUCCUUAUUUAUGUGUAGGGUGGUGAGUUGGGGCUGGAAAUUUAUCUCAGACUUUAAGUUCACUCUAUCUCAUACUGUGUCUGAUUUUUGUCCUCACAGAACGGAAAGUUAAGGUUAGAACUCUGAGCCGUCACCUGUUCUCUGUCAGCCUGUGGAUGAGAGUAAGCUGAGGCGUGCGACAGGGUAUCAUGUAUGCCGCUGGUUCCAGGGGCCACUCCCCUGCUUUCCUGCAACCUCAAAACGGAAACGGCCACCGCUCACCUGGUUAUGUUCCCGGGAAGGUGGUUCCCUUACGUCCUGCUCCUCCUCCAAAGAACCACGCCUCAGCCAAACUGACCUCCAGGAGCCAAGACGCCCCAGCGACCUUUGCUUUCUCCCCCGAGGAGCAGCGGACUCCGAGCGAGAACCGAAAGCGGAAGAGACACAAGAACACCUUCAUCUGCUUCGCCAUAACCAGCUUCUCGUUCUUUGUGGCGCUUGCAGUCAUUUUGGGAAUAUCCUCAAAAUAUGCUCCAGAUGAGAAUUGUCCAGAUCAAAACCCUCGUCUCAGGAACUGGGAUCCAGGACAAGAUUCUGCGAAGCACAUUGUUAUCAAGGAGGGGGAUUUGUUCCGCCUGACCUCAGAUGCAACAGUGGACUCUAUAGUCAUUCAGGAUGGAGGACUGCUUGUGUUUGGGGAUGAUAAUGAUGGAUCCAAGAAUAUAACUUUGAGGACUCGAUACAUCCUGAUCCAGGAUGGUGGGGCGCUUCAUAUUGGAGCAGAAAAAUGCCGCUAUAGAUCCAAAGCGACAAUUACCUUGUAUGGCAAGUCAGAUGAACGUGAAAGUAUGCCAAUAUUUGGCAAGAAGUUUAUUGGUGUGGAGGCUGGCGGGACACUGGAGUUACACGGGGCACAGAGGACAUCAUGGACGAUGCUGGCGAGGACUCUGCAUUCCUCAGGCUUGCCCUUUGGGUCUUAUGCCUUCGAGAAAGACUUUUCCCGGGGCCUUAAUGUGAGGGUCAUUGAUCAAGACACAGCCAGAGUUUUAGAAAAUGAGAAGUUCGAUACCCACGAGUACCACAAUGAGAGCAGGAGGCUGCAGGAGUUUUUGAGAGCUCAGGAGCCCGGCCGGAUUGUGGCUAUAGCUGUUGGAGACUCAGCAGUCAAGAGCCUGUUACAGGGAACAAUCCAGAUGAUCCAGGAUCGGUUGGGGAGUAAACUGAUCCAAGGUCUGGGCUACAGGCAAGCUUGGGCCUUAGUUGGUGUCAUCGAUGGUGGGAGUUCUUCCUGCAACGAGUCUGUGAGAAACUAUGAAAACCAUAGCACUGGCGGGAAGGCCCUGGCUCAAGGAGAAUUCUACACCCUGGAUGGUCAGAAGUUCUCUGUGACAGCCUACAGUGAAUGGAGUCAAGGAAUCUCCCUCUCAGGUUUCCGGGUGGACAUUGCGGAUGGAGUGAAGCUUCACCUGUUGGACGACGUCAGCAGUUGGGAAGCUGGAGACCGAAUUGUGGUGGCCAGCACUGACUAUUCCAUGUACCAAGCCGAGGAGCUGACUCUUCUCCCCUGCCCCGAGUGCAGCCGUUUUCAGGUCAAAGUCAAAGAGAUCCCUCAGUACCUGCACGUCGGUGAGAUCAUAGACGGGAUAGACAUGAGAGCGGAGGUUGGACUUCUCACCCGCAACAUUGUGAUCCAAGGAGAAAUGGAGGACUCAUGCUAUGCAGAAAAUCACUGCCAGUUCUUCGAUUAUGAUACUUUUGGGGGACACAUCAUGAUAGAGAAGAAUUUUACUUCAGUCCAUCUUUCUUAUGUGGAAUUGAAACAUAUGGGCCAGCAGCAUAUGGGACGGUAUCCUGUGCAUUUUCACCUGUGUGGAGAUGUGGAUUCUAAAGGAGGGUACAGCCAGCCAACGUCUGUAGAUGGCCUGUCUGUUCAUCACAGCUUUUCAAGGUGCAUCACUGUGCACGGGACCAGUGGCUUGCUAAUCAAAGACACCAUUGGCUUCGACACACUAGGUCAUUGCUUCUUUUUGGAAGAUGGUGUUGAACAGCGAAAUAUUUUGUAUCAUAACCUGGGGCUUCUUACCAAGCCGGGCACUCUCCUCCCAACGGACAGGAACAGCUCCAUGUGCACUGUCAUGCGUGAUGGAGUGUUUGGAAACUACGUCCCUGUGCCUACCACAGAUUGCAUGGCUGUUUCAACUUUCUGGAUUGCCCACCCCAACAACCACCUGAUCAAUAACGCAGCUGCAGGCUCACAGGAUGCUGGAAUAUGGUAUUUAUUCCACAAGGAACCAACUGGGGAGUCCAGUGGGCUGCCGCUCCUGGAGAAGCCAGAACUCACUCCGCUGGGGAUAUUUUAUAACAACAGGGUUCAUUCAAAUUUUAAGGCUGGUUUAUUUGUGGACAAAGGUGUCAAAACGACCAACGCCAGUGCAUCUGACCCAAGGGAGUACCUCUGCCUGGAUAACAGUGCAAGGUUUCGGCCCCAUCAGGAUGCAGACCCUGAGAAGCCACGCGUUGCUGCCAUCAUUGACAGGCUCAUUGCUUUUAAAAACAAUGACAAUGGAGCCUGGGUCCGAGGAGGAGAUAUUAUUGUUCAGAAUUCAGCAUUUGCAGAUAAUGGAAAGGGGCUGACCUUUGCCAGUGAUGGGAGCUUCCCAAGUGAUGAAGGGUCUAGUCAGGAGGUGACAGAGUCCCUCUUUGUCGGGGAGAGUAGGAAUUACGGCUUUCAAGGUGGCCAAAACAAGUACAUGGGCACAGGGGGAAUCGAUCAGAAGCCUCGGACGCUACCCAGGAACAGGACAUUCCCAAUCCGAGGCUUUCAGAUUUACGAUGGGCCUAUUCAUCUCACAAAGAGCACUUUCAAAAAGUAUGUGCCAACCCCAGACAGGUACAGCAGUGCAAUUGGCUUCCUCAUGAAGAAUUCCUGGCAGACAACACCCAGGAAUAACGUUUCCCUUGUGAAGUUUGGUCCACAGGUCUCUCUGAACGUCUUCUUUGGAAAGCCUGGCCCCUGGUUUGAGGAUUGUGAGCUGGACGGCGAUAAGAACUCCAUCUUCCACGACAUUGAUGGCUCUGUGACAGGAUACAAGGACGCCUAUGUGGGAAGGAUGGACAACUACCUGAUCCGCCAUCCAAACUGUGUCAAUGUUACUAAGUGGAAUGCAGUGAUCUGUAGCGGGACCUACGCCCAGGUGUAUGUUCAGACCUGGAACACUCCGAAUCUUAGCAUGAUCAUCACACGGGAUGAAUACCCAUCCCACCCAAUGGUGCUUCGGGGCAUCAACCAGAGGGCCAUCUCUCCACAGUACCAGCCUGUCGUCAUGCUGGAGAAGGGCUACACCAUCCACUGGAGUGGUCCAGCGCCACGUACCACUUUCUUGUACCUCGUGAACUUUAACAAGGAUGACUGGAUCCGGGUUGGCCUCUGUUACCCUGCCAACACAAGCUUUCAGGUUACCGUUGGCUUUCUGCAGCGGCAGAACGGCUCAUUAUCUAGAAUCGAGGAGUAUGAGCCUGCGCCGUCGAUGGAGGAGCUGCAGAAGAAGCCGUCUGAGAGAAAAUUCUAUUUUGACUCUGGCACAGGGUUAUUGUUUCUGUAUCUCAGAGCCCACAGCCACAGAGAUGGCCACAGUUACUGUUCAUCUCAGGGAUGUGAAAGAGUCAAGAUUCAGGCAGCAACAGACUCCAAAGAUAUCAGUAACUGCAUGGCCAAAGCGUACCCGCAGUAUUACAAGAAGCCCUCAGCGGUCAAGCGCAUGCCGGCCAUGCUCACGGGGCUCUGUCAAGGCUGUGGCACCCACCAGAUGGUGUUUACCAGUGACCCUCACAAAAGCUACCUCCCUGUACGAUUCCAGUCACCUGGGAAAGCAGAAAUUCAGCGCGGAGACCCAUCCAUUAUUUCCGUCAAUGGUACUGACUUUACCUUCCGGAGUGCGGGUGCCCUCCUCCUCAUUGUGGAUGCCUGCAGUGUGCCCUUCCGGGUGAAGGAAAAGCGGAUGUUCCUUUCUGCAGACAUCAGUCACAUGGAAGAAUAUUUCAAGGCUAGCAUCCCCCCAAGGUCAAUCAUUCUGUUGAGCACAAGAGGAGAAAUUAAGCAGCUGAAUAUCUCGGAUUCAUUAGCACUUCUGGGAUUGGCCAAGCCAGCACAUCUGUACAGCAAAGGUAGUAUCGUAUUUUUGGGAUUCAGCGGAAACUUCGCACCAUCAUGGACGAAGCUGUUCACCAGUCCCGAUGAGCAGGGCCUCGGAGUGCUUGAGCAGUAUCUCCCGUUGCAGAUGGAGGAAUAUGGGUGCUCCCGGACUGGCAGUGUCCACAGAAGAGACCUUGACCUGCUACAGCAGGCUUUGAAAGUGCUUUAGAGACUUGACUGUAAUUUAAGUGCUGGGAAA